AUGGUGAAUGAGGAUUCCCAAGGUUCGAUUCGAAGGUGCUAUUUACCGCAUCACCCUGUGGUGAAAAAAGCUACAACCACGACAAAGGUUCGCGUGGUUUUUGAUGCCUCCUGUAAAACAUCUGCAGGAGUAUCGCUAAAUGAUGUACUACUGGGAGGGCCAAUAGUACAGGAAGAUCUCCGGUCCAUAAUACUUCGAUGCCGGACCAAACAGAUCAUGCUGGUAUCAGAUGUGGAGAAAAUGUUCCGCCAAGUCAUCGUUCGUCCCGAAGACCGCCCUCUACAGUGCAUACUCUGGAGAAAAUCGCCAUCGGAAAGUGUCCGUACGUAUGAGUUGAAUACGGUUACGUACGGCACAAAGCCCGCGCCGUUUUUGGCUACUAGGACGCUGCAACAACUCGCUAUGGAUGAGGAAGGACAUUUCCCUCUUGCAGCCCGUGCAACCAUGGAAGACACCUACAUGGAUGACGUCAUUACGGGCGCGAACGAUGUUGAAACAGCAACGCAGAUGCAGAUUCAACUGAAUGCGAUGCUUUCAAGAGGAGGUUUCCAACUUCGUAAAUGGGCAUCCAACUGUCCAGCAGCCCUACUGGGAAUACCCGAGGAGAAUUUAGCGAUUCGCACUUCCGAUGGGAUCAACUUGGACCCAGAUCCAUCGGUAAAAACCUUGGGGUUGACUUGGAUUCCAUCGUCGGACAUUCUAAGGUUCCAGUUCACCAUUCCUUCGCUGAAUGGCGAUAAGGUUCUUACGAAACGUAGCGUGUUAUCCGUAAUUCCAACUUUAUUCGAUCCCCUAGAACUUCUGGGAGCGGCUAUCAGUACGGCGAAGAUUUUUAUGCAGCUUUUGUGGGCAAUACGCGAUGGAAAUAAACAAUCUUUAGGAUGGGAUCAACCGCUACCUCCAACGCUGGGUAAGGCCUGGAGAAGGUUCCACGAGAAACUACCUCUUCUCAAUCAAGCCAAGGUCGAAAGAUGCGUUAUCAUUCUGGAAGCAGUUGCAGUUGAACUACAUUGUUUCUCUGAUGCCUCGGAGAAGGCUUACGGUGCUUGUCUGUAUGUUCGGAGCACUGAUGCAGACGGAAAGGUGAAGGUUCGACUACUUUCUUCCAAAUCAAAGGUUGCUCCAUUAAAAUGUCAGACCAUUCCUAGGCUGGAGCUUUGCGGAGCGGUAUUGGCUGCCCAGCUCUACGAAAAGGUCCGAACGUCUAUCAAAACAACAGUAAGCGGCUAUUUCUGGACGGACUCCAAUUGCGUUCCACGAUGGUUGCAGUCUUCUCCAUCAACGUGGACCACAUUUGUCGUCAACCGUACGGCUAAAAUCCAAACAAUCACGGGAGGCUGUCGGUGGAUUCAUGUUCCUGGAACCCAAAAUCUAGCAGACCUAAUAUCCCGAGGAAUACCGCCUCAGGACAUCCUGGAAAACUAA